AUGGAAGUCUUGGCGUACAAUCAGUUAGCCCAAAUCAAUACCGUAUUGCUUGCGAGGGGCACGAAAGAGUCCAAUCAAUUGCACAAGAGCUGGAAUAAGAGCAGGUUCUGCAGGGACGUUACCAAAGCUUUAUCUGGCGAGCUGAUAGGGACGGGAAAUGAUAGGCCACCGAGUUCUGAUGAGGAUAGCGAGGUCGAUACGGAGGAUGCGAGUCUUCUCCGUAUGACUGCAGAUACUCAAUCGUAUUCAUCGACUUCAUGGAACAGCGGUACAGGGUUCACGCCACACGUUAUGGCUCCACCAUCACUGCCUGACCUCUAUGCCCAGCAUCCACAGGACAAUCUGCGCCCACCAAAACUCACCCCGCUGCCUUCGGAAUGUUGGAAACUCAUUGAAACAUAUUUCACAUAUACACAAUGUUGGCUUCCUAUUGCAGAUAAACUGGAAGUUUUAAAGCUAUCUUACUCAUAUCCUGAGCAGGGACUGGCUCUUGCUUGUGAUAUGUCCAGCUCCGGGAGUCAUGCUGAAAUGUGGAGCAUACUUGCAGUUGGCGCUACUCAAGAGGACUACAGUUUUGCGGGCGAGCAUCGUCCAAACGCGUCACCUGAAGAACUUUACAACACUGCCAGACUUCUUAUUCCAAAUGAGUUGGGAAAAUUCGAGCUUGAUCAUGUCAAGGCUCUCCUCAAUCUUUCCGUGUUCAACAUUAGCAGGGGCUUGUUUGGGGCUGCUUGGCAACUUGUUGGUGCUGCGUUGCGGAUCUUUUUCACACUGACCGAAUCCUCGGAGGUGAUUGUGCCGCGCCGAAAGAAUGUCUUAUCGAGCUGUUUCAUGCUUGAUAAUCUACUUUCUCUACAGUUGAAACGUCGCCCGUAUCUUGAAAGAGCAGAUCUAGGGUGGAUAGGAACAAUAGAGGAGGACGGUAUGGAGGAAUGGCAGCCCUGGGUUGGCCAACUUAGCCUCGGCAUAACGCGACAGUCAAAUUCACCAACACUAGCAUUGAGUUCUUUUAAUGCUUGUCUAGAGCUCGUGGAUAUCCUUGGGAGUACGACACGGCGGCAGACAGCACCAAACUUCCUUCACGAAAUGAUCAGUCGCCUUGAGAUGUGGAAGUCCUCGCUACCACAAAAACUUGAUCAUAUCCGUAAAGACGCUACUGCUACUCCUCUGACACCACCUGCGUUGCUGCUGCGACUUACAUAUCUCGUCACUGCUUUUGCUCUAGUCCCUUCUCAGGCCUGGUUGGAUCAAAUAUUAGACGUAUUGAGUACACUAGAGCGCCUCGGUACUUCACGAGCCCCUCCCAUAAUCGCUUGUCUAUUACAGCAGGUUAAGAGAAGCAGCUUGAGGUUGACUUUGGACCAGAUGACACACGCUCGGAUGUGCAGAUCGUUGGUGGCCUUUGAUCAGACGUGCAAGGUCUCCCAAGACGCAGUCAACAAUCUGCAAACAACACCGCACUCCGUGGAAGAUGCUUCACCUAGCGCGUCUGGCAUGAUGCAAACAUCUCCACAAUCCUAUGCGUCUCAAAUUGGUGGACCCUUUCCAGAGCGCUUCCAUCAACAGGCCGUUACAUCUUCAUUACUCGAAAACAUGCUACCAGAUAUGCGUGCGACCGCGCAGGUGCAACACCCGCCCCCACUCAGCCAAAAUCCAUUCGAACAUGCGGUGACUAGCUCAUUUCUGGACCCGAACGAUCCGUAUCAUACUUUGGUAUCCGGAGAUCUAGGAAGCUUUCUCGAUGAUUUUGCUUCAGAACAUGGUGCCAAGAAGCUACAAAACCAGCCACAGUUCAUGGAGAACCUGGGAUUCUCAUCGAAUGUCAGCAUGGCCGACCUCUUAGCAGCAGAUCCGAGCCGCUUCAUGCCCACAUCGUCUCAAGUUGGUAUGAAUAACAGCGAGGACUCUCCACAGUUUCCACUCAAUGCAUUCUAUGAGGCUAGCUGA